UGAGAACGGCGUAGGCAGAAGUCGGGACUAGCACUGAGUCAAGCUCACUCCCUCACUCCCUCACUCCCUUCUCUCACUCCCUCGAGUCGCAUUCCUCUGAUAGGCAUCGGGAGCAGCCGCUCGCAUACCUGUCGUAUUCCUCACCAAAGCUGCACUUCCGUAAGUCAUGUCGGUCGGGUGGCCGAAAAACAAUGCGAACGAUCUCGGCUGAUCUUGGCGUUUUCGGACUUUUCGAUGAAGACAGAAAGUUUUUGACACAACUCCAGUUGACCUGAGCGAAAGAUGGAUCGUGUUUCCCACCGAAAGUCUCAGACCGUGUAAGCUCCCGGAACAGGUGUGACAGCGAAUGAAGGGAAGAUGGGGGGCUGCUUGAAAUGGUGCUACCAGACCUGCACCUGCUGUCUGAGCGAAGAAGAACGAAAUUCUAUCGCUAUAGACAAGGAAAUCAAAAAAAUUCUUGCUGACCAGAAGAAGCGAGAACGCAGAGAAAUAAAAGUGCUCCUGCUAGGCACGGGAGAGAGUGGAAAAACAACGUUUAUCAAGCAGAUGAGGAUCAUUCAUGGGAAUGGAUACACUGAAGAAGACAGACGCGCCUUCACCAAACAGGUUUUCCAGAACAUCUUUACAGCAAUUAAGGCCAUGACGACAGCCAUGUCAGCCCUCAGGAUUCCAUACACCAACCAAAAGAAUGAGACAUAUGCUCAGCUCAUUCAAGCUGUAGAUAUCCAUCAGGUGACCCACCUGGAGCAUAUAUAUGUGGAUGCUAUUCAGUCUUUGUGGGUUGAUGCUGGAGUCAAAAUCUGCUACAGUCGUAGGCGAGAGUACCAACUACUGGACUCCACUGAAUACUUCAUGACAAACCUGAUGCGCAUCGCGGCUAAUGACUACAUCCCCACUGCUCAGGAUGUGCUGCGGGUGCGUUUCCCAACCACUGGCAUUAACGACUACUCCUUCGUAGUGGAGAAGAUAACACUCAGGAUUGUGGAUGUUGGGGGACAGAAAUCAGAGAGGAGGAAAUGGAUCCACUGCUUCGAGAAUGUGACGUCGCUCAUCUUCUUGGCUUCGCUUAGCGAGUACGAUCAGGUCCUGGAGGAGAACCAGAAAGAUAACCGUAUGCAGGAGAGUCUGACGCUUUUCUACACUACCAUCCACUCACCCUGGUUCGCCAAUUCCUCUAUCAUCCUCUUUCUAAAUAAAAUGGACAUUCUAGCUGAGAAGAUCAAGAUAUCCGACCUGCAGAACUACUUCCCUAGGUUUCAUGGCAAGAAACGGGACCCCGAAGCAGCCAUGGACUUCAUCCGUGAGAUGUAUAAGCUACAGGCACAGAACCCUGAUAAGAAGGAAAACAAGACCAUUUACCCACAUUUCACCUGUGCCACAGACACCAACAACAUCCGCAUGGUGUUCAGUGAUGUGAAAGACACAGUGCUCAUUAAGUCUCUGCAGGAAUAUGGUGUGCUGUGACCAGACCAUGUCAUGACUGCUUCUGAAGAUUGUGGAUAAACCCACCUCACCCCUUCAUGUGUUUUCAGUGUCACAGUUCGUCUAAUUGUUUUGGGUGGUAGACAGACAUUGCAGUUGGCUUAGCUGAAGAAAUCAUUAUGGCUUCACAGUCACAUGCAACAAUGAAAACUGAUAUUUUUGCGUUUAUUUUCUCUUCCUACUUGUGUGCAAGGCAGCAAUGCUGUGGUGAAAAUGAAAACGCUUUGCAUUUUGGGUCCUUCUGUGCAGUGCCUGCUGGAGGAACUCGCUGUACACACACAAGUGAUCCACCAAGUUCACGAGAAAUCUGAAUUCUCCCAGUGAGAACAUUAGAAUGAAGGAAACUUUUUUAGACGGAGUGUUUUCACUUCUCUUAAAAGGAUGCUGCGUAUUUGUUCUUUAUUUCUGGGGUUCUGUAAUUAGUUGGUGUUGCGGUAAAAAUAGAACACAAAUUGUAGUUUGAUGUUUCAACAUCUUUACAGUCAAAUAUAAGGGCUCAAUUUCUUCCUUUGGUACUAUGUUUUAUGUCCUAUCUAGGGAUAAUUUUCAUAUUUUUGUUUUUCACUCUGUCCUUUCCUGCUCAAUAUGCAACUGUAUUUUGCUUUAAUAAGAGAAUAGAUGUUCUCAGUGAAAUUUAUAUUUAUCAUGUGGUUAUAGUACUGUGUCCAGCAAAUGUUAUGAAUAUAGGUGCUUUGUAACAUAUAGAAUAAGCUCAAUUCGUAGUUUUAAACAACUGAAGAUAAAAUGUCCCAAAGUAUUGAAAGUUAAAAAACUCACUUUUUAACCUACCUACAUUUUUUUAAUUGCAUUUGGGAUAUAAGUUUUCAAUGAACAAACAGCACAUAUGUGUUGGCUAAGCCUAAACUCAAUCCAAGGUUAUAUAUCCACUGAUGCUACUUAUUAGUUAUUUUUAUAAUUGUGAAAACAUUUUGGACAAGACAUGGCAAAAUUACACGCCUAAAACCUAAUUAAAUUGUCAUUUGUCAUCAGAAAAGUUUAGUAACUCAUUCACUCAGUUAUGUUUAGUUUAUUUUUAUCCUAGUCGGGGUUGAAGUGUGUCUGAAGCUUGUUCCAGGAAAACAGGACGUGAGGCAGGAAUACAUCCUAGGUGAGACACCGUCAUGUAACAUUGACGCUGUGCACUGUCAAUAUUUUAUACAGACAGUUCACAUAUUGUUGGGUUUUAAGCAGGUGAGAGGAAACAAGAAAUGUAACCCUCAGAGAACACAGAAACUCAAGGCACACAGAAACCCAAGCUCCAGAUAGAGACAGAGAUUCCUACACUGUGAGGUGGCAAUGCUACUGUAGCAAUUUCACCAUCUUUAUGUAUGUCAUUCAUAAUACAAAUCAUAAUUAUUACUUAGCAUAUGAUUAUAUAUGAGCAUAGUAAUUAUUCGUCCUGCUCACAAACAAUGUCAACUGUUUGCAGUAAUUACCAAUAUUAUAUGGUUGAGCUUUUUGUUGUCAUGGUGCAUGAUUUAUGAGGAAAAAGGGAAAGUACCAAAAGGCAUCUUGACUGAUUUUUGUCCCCUAAAUGCUCACUUCCUUUUCUGUUUAAAAUUCUGUAGAUUUAUUUUUAUGUUGCAUGUGUCAAAGAACAGCUGCUGCUUUAACUCUAACCAGGUAGCCUAACUUUAAUUCAUGGUUAUAUAUUCACCAAACCCGUUCAUGCCUACUUUUAUUCUGUUGAAAAUUUUGUAGGUUGUUCUCCGUUUUUACCUAACGAUUUUAAAGUGUUAGCAUUUGCUGUUUACUUCUGACCACUUAACUGCCAGUUCAUUUAAACUUGUCCACCACGGUUAGAAAUAAUAAAAUAUUACCACACACACACACACACACACAUUCCCUCCAAAGUCUUUUCAAUUCUAGUGUACUUUAAUAAAGUAAA